AUGUCUACCGAAUGGAUAUAUGUCACAGGCAAAAAAUCGUUUAAAAGCCAAAGGAGAAAUGAAAAAUCGCAGAAAGAAGCGAGGAAUCACGGAGAUCACUUGAGUUUGGGCCCUUCGGUGGUUGACGAGGGAGUGGUUGCCAAAAAUCUCGAAAAGGUCACAAAACAAAUAUACAACGUGUAUCGGAACGAACGAGAGUUCUUGGUGAACCUGCUGACUGAGUUGAAGAAGUCGCUAAGCUCGGAAAACACGCGUGUGUAUGCUCUCGGCUGCGGCACCAUUGAGAACCAGUCAUUAGUGCUGUCAAAAUCCUGCAUAUACCAGAUGGGAGUGUGUAUAAUAAUAAUAAAGGCCCUCGGGGUGAAAGUGGCGCACAUCUAUGACCCCGUGAUGACCAGGAAUGACCACGAGGUGUGGAACAAGCUCAUGACCCAGCGUUACGACUUCGAAGAGCUCGUUGAUUCUGUACACUCAGAAGCCGCGGGAACUGACGGUGGCCGCAGCGAACAUGGAGACCACGGAGUGUGCACUCUCCUCUGGAUGCCGCACUGCGAAAAGUUCCUGUACAGGGCCGUUCUCCGGGGCAUAUUGUCCAACAGGUCGCCUCUGGACGUCUCGAGGGGGACCCGCAAGGCGAACGACGACCCUGCGGCCUCUGAAUUCACAACGACCGACGAUAAGCUGGCAUCCGAGCCAAAUGACCUGGAGCAUCACCCACCGGGUAAGUCCCAAAACGUGCCUGCGUCUGAGCAUUUAGCGGCAGGCUCAGCUCAGUCUCCACAGCCAGCACCCGUUCCAGGUGGUGGUGACCUAGGUCAGCCAAGCGCGUUCUCAAUUGAAACCACGACGCUCGUUGGAAACAGCCUCGCUGAGUGCGUUUCAGAAGAGCUCGGCUUCCUCGCCGAUUACGCCCUGACUGAGAGGCCUCUGCUAACCUUCAACACGCACCCGCAGUCCUUCAACGACACUUUCGUCACCUCAUUUAAGCUUCAAAAAUACCUCUGA